UUGUGAAUUUUUUUCACAUAAAUGUAAGUAAUUUUACAUCGGUUACCGGUUCAACAAGCGGGGUACUUAUCUCUAAAAGUGUUGUCUGAAUAGCGGUUAGCGUAAUAGCAGCCUCCGAUAAAAGCCGGAUAUUCGAAACGGUUGUAACACAAUUCUCUGUAUGAAACACUGUAAGCGUGCAGGCUUAUAUUUAUACUGUUUAUCAAAAUCACAUGGAAUUGCAGUGUCUUAGUACUGCAGUUUUCUGUCUCGAAUCGGAAAUAUUGAUAAAUAACUUCUCACUCGUGACAUUUUAGCUGUUGCCAAACUACCAUCACCACGUGCCGUCUCCACCAAUAGGAUGCCGCAAUUCGUGAUUGAUAGAAUUGGCGGCCAAUAGGAAGCCCGCCACAAAUAUGACUGACCUUGCGGUGUUGUCGUUAGCGGCUUGCCUCUUUCCGGCGCAGUGUGCUCUGAUGCUGAAGCUGAGGAAGCCUGUUUAUCUGCAUCCUUAGACUCCCAUGGUCGCCGACAUGCGGUAUGACGGUGUGCAGCAUUGCGUUGACCUCUGUCUGGGCUUGUUCUUGUUUCUAGCGGGGCUGCAGCAGGUAGAAGCUGCUGCAGCCACGGAGAUGGACAACUUCAACUGGAAGCCAUUCAUCUACGGAGGGAUGGCCUCAAUUGUCGCAGAAUUCGGGACAUUUCCCAUCGACUUGACCAAGACUCGACUACAAGUCCAAGGCCAGUCCCAGUACACAGAGGUGCGCUACAAAGGCAUGUUCCAUGCCCUCUUCAGGAUUGGAAAAGAAGAGGGAGUUCGGGCACUCUACUCUGGGAUUUCUCCCGCUCUUCUGAGACAAGCGUCUUACGGGACAAUCAAGAUAGGAACGUACAACUCUCUGAAGAGGUUUUUUGUCAGUCGCCAGGAAGAUGAGACGAUGGUCAUCAAUGUCUUCUGCGGUGUCGUCUCUGGAGUGCUCUCCUCCUCUCUGGCAAAUCCCACCGACGUUCUCAAGAUCAGAAUGCAGGCUCAAGGCAGCCUGCUCCAGGGAAGCAUGAUAUCUAACUUCAUUAACAUCUACCAGACAGAGGGCACUAAGGGGCUGUGGAGAGGUGUGAUACCCACAGCCCAGCGGGCAGCCAUCGUCGUCGGGGUGGAGCUCCCCGUCUACGACAUCACAAAAAAGCACCUCCUUCGUUCGGGUGUUAUGGGAGACACAAUUUUGACCCACUUCAUUUCAAGUUUUACGUGCGGAUUGGCGGGGGCAUUGGCGUCCAACCCUGUGGACGUGGUCCGAACACGCAUGAUGAACCAGCGGGUUCUGUCUGGAACCCCCAUGUACAAAGGAACACUCGAUGGACUGAUGAAGACAUGGAAAAAUGAAGGCUUCUUUGCUCUAUAUAAGGGAUUUUGGCCGAACUGGCUGCGACUUGGACCUUGGAACAUCAUUUUCUUCAUCACCUUCGAGCAGCUGAAGAAGCUCCCGUUUUAACCGGGGCCAGAAGCGGGACUGCAUUGGUCAGUUGGACUGUGUCGGAGACGUGUGAGCACGGCAGCAGUCUGGAGUUUUGCACCAGUACACUCGCACUCCCCCGAAAUCAAAAGGAACUAUACAAACGAUAUCACAUGUUUUCAUUUACAAUCCCAGUUUUUCUUCUUUUUUUUUUCUAAACUGUGUGGAGGCUUUAUCAUUUAAAAUCCCCACCACAGUUGACACUCUUCAGGCAGCAGAAUGUGUGAAAGUUUGAAAAAGACUAUUUAAGUUUAAUACCAAUUAUGAUUAUACACAUUUGAUACCAUGGACUAUGUCUGCUGUUUAAGAAUAAUAUGGAAGCGUAGAAAAAAUGCCAGGUUAAAUGUUUAUUAGGAAAAGUGAAACCCAGCUCAAUAACAGCUGAAGACCAGUUACAAGCUGCAAGUGGGGCUAAAUAAUGUUUUAGAUCACAAAACAGGUUCAUUUAAUUUGAGGGAGUUAGACGAGCAUUCCACUGAUCCAAAUUUAUUUUUAUGGAUUAUUUUCCAUGAUUGGAAAUUGAUUUUUUAGGUGCAUAUUUGAUGAUGAAUUAUACAUACUGAUCAUAUUAAAAGCCCCAUUUUACUAUCUGAACCAAAGGCUUUAAUGUCAAAAAAUGAUACAGAUCUGCACAUGUUUUUUUUUUUUGGGUUCUUUUUGGAAGAUUGGAAGUUGUUGCAUUUUUUAUUCUUUAUUUAUUUAUUUGUUUCUCCUAUUAUUUAUUCUAUCUGUUGUGGGAAUCAGAAGCUGGAGGUUGUGAGCGGAACCUGCCGCUGGAGGAGAAUCUGUGGCUCUCUGUAAAUGUCUGUACAGGCUCAUUUGCACACAGAGGAGGAUGUGAACUGGGUGUGGGUAUAACGCCACUGGUCUUGUCGUGUUCCUCUUUUGUGCCAAACCGCAAUUUGUUUCAAAAGUCGCGACACUUGAAAAAAAUGUUACUGAUAUUCUUUGACUCCACAUGUAAAAAGCAGACUGAAUGUGAUAUUUUUUUUAAAUAUUUUUCCCUCUUAUUUAUUUAUUUUUUAAUUUAACUUCCAAGAAAGAAAAGAUUAAAAUGUUUUUUUUUGUCCCCUACACGUACAUGUGGACAAUUUUCAUUUGACUGAUAUUUGACAUUUCUUAUUUCAAAUACUUCAUUUUGGUUGUCUUAGUUUUCUUGCAUUUUUGUCGUUGUUUUGCUUUAUUGUUCUGAAGAUGACAUCUGCCUACGUUUCUGUUUCAACAGCAUUGAGGCCUGCUGUUCUUUAUGGAUACUGCUGUGUGAAAUAAUGCUCUUUCUCUUUGUCUGUUUCUGCUCUGUCCUGUUGCCUGGUCAUGAGGUUUGAGAUGUGGUGAAUAAGGUCUGCCUCUGAAUAUAUGUGUGGCAAUAUCCACCCAUGUGGAUGUGCCAUCUUCUUUUUAUAUAACCAAACACCUACAUAGUUUUUGUCAAUCAAAUACGUAAACUCUUAAAACUGAUUAUGAUGUUGGGAGACCGUUUUAAGUUAUUUUUAAAGAGUGUAUUGAACCUUGGAAAACUUCUUUCUUGGCAGGGGGAUAUUUGAUGCUUGAUAUUUGCUUUCUGAGUUUUGGAUUUAUUUAUUGGCAUCAAUGCAUUAAAGUCCAUUACUGAAGAGAUGAGUCAUCUACUUUCUCUUCCAAAUGUUGCUGAGAUGCAUUUUGGUUACUUUUUUUGUUGUUUUACCAGCUGAGAAAAUCCUAUUCUGUGUCUUUCGUGUUGUUAGUUUAGAUGCAAAAAUGACCCAUCCAUCCAUUUGCUGUGCUACUCAUUCCUGGCAGGGUCGGGGGUGGGGAGUCUAUCCCAGAGGAAGGACACACCCUGGACAGCGUCCCGGUCAAACACAGGUCCCACACAUACGGCCAAGACAGGCAAUCACACACACUCCCACAGGCAACUCAGAGUUACACGGGGAUCCUCAGCACAAGAACCCUGCUAUGAUCCAAAAGUGCUAACCCCCAAAGUACCAUCCCAAAAACUAGCUUAAUGACAGUACUGGAAAGGUGCAAUGUUGGCAAAGGGGGAGAAAAACUUUCCAUUUUUAAGAGAAAUUCAAGUUACUGCAUACAUUUGGGUGUUUUUGUGGAUGUUUUUAGCAUGGAGCGCUAAACAGUGCACGCUCAACCACAAAAAAGUGAUACCAUAGUGUGUCUAUGGAUCGUGUUUAGUUAUUUGUACCUAUUGAUCCCUCUUUGGGACUUAUGGAACACAAGGUUUUUCCAUCCCCCGGUGGUCAAACUUACUUCCUGGUUCUGUCUGUUACCAUUUAUAGGUUGGAACAAGAAUGUUUUUUCAUGUAACAUGAGGAGGUAAUAGGGCUCACAAACCGUUCUAUGAAUUUUCUUGCAGUUAUUCUAUCCCGUAUGCUGUAAUUUUCCUGUUUCCCAGCUAGGAUGUGAUCAAUUGUAUAGCAUCUUUUUUGUCUCAUACUGACUCAAAUUAAAUGAUGGUUGUCUCAUAUUUGCUGGUUAUUCACUGCUGGAUUUGUUUAGUAUUUAGAAGUAGAUGAGCAUCUGUUAACUUCUAUCACUUCAAAAACUUGCUAAAACCAAUUUGUUUGAUUCUCAGUGAGGUUUAAUGAAUGAAAUUACAACAAUCAAAUUCAAUUUUCUUUCUCUCCCACUCAAGUUCCCUUUAAAAUUCUUAGAUAGUAUACCAAUGUUACAGUCCAGCCACCAAGACGGAUUAAUGUUAACCUUUUAUUGCAAUGUGAUACAUUUCUGAAAGUCAUGCAUCAUUUUGUUAAAACUUGUAUAGAAUGUUUCCUUUUUUUUUAGCAUUUAUUUUAUCGUAAAAUGUGAAUGAAAUGUUGCACAAAAACACGUAAAAUAAAUUUGUUGGAGCCAAACAAAGACUUAAGAUACAAAGAGUCAUUCUUAACGUUUAUUUUAUCAUUUUUGUACUCGUGUGAUUUUCUCCUCUAAUUAAUGUUUUCAAGUAUUUUAUAUGUGAAUUUAAAAGAAGUCAACCUAAAUUUGCAGUGGAUACACAGCAAGAGAACUUUAUGAAAGGGUGAAAACUGCUCAGAUUUCGAAAGUAACCCACAAAAAUGUAUCAAACGUUGUGCAAAUAUCACAAAUGUGAAGUCCCCACACCAAGGAAACAGCAAAAAAGAAAAAAAAAAGACAAAAGAAGGCUUUCACUUGGACCCCAAAGCUGGCUCCUUUCUCAUUGUUGUAAAUUAAAGUGACACUUUUAUUCCCUCAUAGACUUUGAGAAGACCAGACCUCCCACGUCCCACUCGUGAACCCCCCCCCGAAA